CGAUGACGAAAGCCGGCACUGCACUGUCUGCAUUACUUUUCCUACUGACUCCAUGUUGGGAAACGAGGACGACUACAUCUACAAGAAGAGGAGACUGCACAGAGCAUGCGAUUUUUGUCGACGCAAGAAAAUACGCUGCGAUGGUGUAAAAAUGGAUGGAAGUGACCGGUGCUCCAAUUGUAGAUUGUACGAUGCGGAAUGCACGUACCUCGAAGCAGCCCAAAAGCGUACAGUAUCAAAGGGGAAUAUCGAGCCUUGGCCAGAUAAAAGAGUCCAGAGACAGGAUAAUGUAAUGAGCAAUUUUGUUCAUGAAGGAGAAGAUUCCCGCCGUAUUUCCUCGCGUGCCGAUGGGCUUUCCUCUACCUCCGCGCCUUCCACACACAAUUCAAGCUCACCUCUCAUGCCUCUGAAAGAACUGGCUGCUACAGGGCGCUCCCAGAAUUUAACUAAUGAUUUGUCAAGCAUAAAGCAGGAGGAGUGCGACGAUUAUUUGAAACUCUCCGACGACUUUCAACGACUUGAAGUGCGAGACGAUUCCGUGUACCGAUUCUUUGGCAAAUCCAGCAGCAUACAACUUAUUCAGACAGUCAUUGAUCUCAAACAUGGAUAUGUGAACCAUGAAGAUUCAUGGAUCCCAUCUAACUUAUUUGAUGCAAUGCGCCCGGAAUUUAGGACGAAACGAUCUUGGGAAUGGAACGACACAGCGCCGCCCUAUAUAUGCACAUACACGUUCCCGCCAGACGAUCUCCUAGCGGAUUUGAUCGACAUAUUUUUAAAUAGGAACGACAUAUCGUUCCCAUGUCUCCAUGGACCUACGUUCCGACGGUGCGUCAAAGAUAACCUCCAUCUCAGAGAUGAGAUGUUUGGCGCUGUUGUAUUGUUGGUGUGCGCUAACGCUUCGCGGCUAUCUGAUGACCCCCGAGUAUUGCUCGACGGAGAAGAUUCAAAGCAGUCAAGUGGUUGGAAAUGGUUCAAUCAGGUGCAAAACACGAGACGGUCACUGCUCGCACUGCCAACUAUACAUGAUCUGCAGUUUUAUUGUUUGUUUGGAUCAUUCAUCUUUGGCACGUCUUCACCACAGUCAUGCUGGACAGUAAUCGGAAUGGGGAUACGGCAAGCUCAAGAUAUCGGAGCGCACAGGAAACGGAACGGUCCGCCCACUGUGGAGAGCGAGAUGGUAAAAAGGGCGUUCUGGUGUUUAGUGGCAAUGGAUCGAGAUGCCAGCUGUGCAUUGGGUCGACCAAGUGGGAUAAAUGAUGAGGACAUCGAUGUCGACUUUCUCAUCGAAUGUGACGACGAAUAUUGGGAAAAUCCAGAUCCCGAGAAAGCCUUCAAACAACCUCCUGGAAGACCGUCUAGAAUAGCUUAUUUUAAUACAACCUUGAGGCUGAACCAAUUACUUGGAUCCUGUUUACGCACUAUAUACUGCCCGAACAAGUCGAAAGUUCUUUUAGGUUUCGUCGGCAAAGAGUGGGAACAGCAUAUUGUGGCCGAGCUCGAUUCCGCGUUGAAUAAAUGGGUAGAUUCGAUACCUGAGCAUCUUCGGUGGGACCCCCAUCGUGAGGAUGAACUAUUCUUCAAUCAAUCUGUAUGCCUGUACACUUCGUACUACCACCUUCAAAUCCUCAUACACCGGCCCUUCAUACCAUCUCCACGAAAUUCAAGCCCAUCACAAUAUCCAUCGCUUGCGAUAUGCACGAAUGCUGCUCGUUCAGUGAGUCAUCUUAUAGAUGUACAACGACGAAGAGGUGGAUUUUGGGCUCAGCCUGGAUGUCUUCUUGACACCUUCGCUGCCGGAAUCGUCCUGUUACUGAACAUUUGGGGAGGGAAAAAGUCAGGUCUUGCCCUCAACUCGAAGAAAGAAAUGCAGGAUGUUUACAAGUGUAUGCAGGUGCUGAACGAUAUGGAAUCUAGUUACCAUUUGGCUGGACGAUUAUGGGAUAUCAUGUAUCAGCUGGCUAAUGCUACCGACUUGCCGCUACCUCAGCAGGAUUCUUCACCCGCGCAAAAACGAGGGCGCGACCAUGAUAUAACAGGCACGGCUUCUGACUCCGAUUCAAAUCGGUCUCAGAACGAUUCAUCAGAGGAGAUGUCUCCAUUUGCGCCCGGCUUCGCUGUUUUUGACUCUGGGGACAUUAGUACACAUCCGCAGCAAUCAGCCAGACAGGCCUAUACGAAAGGCUCAGCAUCCAAUCCGAUAGCUGGACCAUCUCAUGCUCCAUAUACCUCACAGGAUCAUCUGUUCGACCUACCGAUGCAUAGCGCUGAUCUGGGGAAGAUGCCACUUCACGGUUUGGUGAGCUUCACCGACGAGAUUCGGGAUCCGAGUCAACAGUGGGCGGCGACUACUUCGGCGUAUAAUGCUGGGGCGUCAUACAACAUGAAUGUACCAUCGAGCGUGCCACAGGGUUUUUCUUUUCCAACGAAUAGCGAUGGAGAUCUUCUGUCACCAUUAGGUACGUUGAUUCCGGAGCAGCUUGACGAUAACGCCAUGGCUGUAUGGUCAAAUGCUCCGAAUGGGUUCGAGUUGUAUGACUGGAUGGCGUACCUUGAUGGCGUCUCUCAUGAGAAUGACGUUGAAUAGCAGUGAAGGCGCACUAUUUUGGUUAAAACCUAUGUGUAUCACAAUUAGUUCUGUAUUAUCCUCAAUCUUUCCAUAGAACUUUAAUGUAUCAUUUGCCAG